AUGUUAGAAGUAGAGGAUUUUUCAGAGCGUGGAGAUGCUCCGGCUUUGGCAAUCAUUCAGGACAAUGCCAGAAAGAAAGCCAUAAGGCAAGUUGUUGAAACCCAAGAAGAACUCACUCGAAUUCACGAACGGGUUACAAGGGUAAGUAUUGGUACAUCAACAUUGAGGUCCUAUUUAAGACCUUCAUAGAUUUUCUUUUCUUUGUUCUUACGGCUUCAUUUUCAUCUAUAGACUAUAGACGCGUACGAGCUGAGCGAAAAAUUGUCCGGACAUCAACUCGAUGAGAAAGAAGUCGAACGUAUUGCCGAAGAUUUCAUCCGAGAACAAGCGACUUUGGAAUUUGUGGAUGAUAUGGUGGGCAAAAUGUUUUUACGAAUAAUUGUCAAACUGCAAAGCACAACCGGUUUUUAAUCUUUGAUUAUAGACGUGACUCGAGCAGUAAGCUGGGCUUCAAUACGACGCCGUCAUUUUGUUUUCUUCCUAUCUCACCCCAAGGGAAUCAAGAGGCGUCCAUGUAAUUGCUUUGCCUUUUUCGCCUUGCCCUCUCUUUGUCUCUUGAUUUUUGUUCGUGACAUGAGUACACGUACUUUUCAAUUCGUGAAGCAGUAUAAAGGAGAGAUUAAGACAAAAGCGACUUGUUCUCAAGCGUAUACUGAAGUCUUUUUCUUAUCUGAGUUUAUAUCCACAGUCUAAUCUGUGGGAUCCAUGAAAAUUAAUUUUGCUCACAUGAGCAUGAUUUAUCAGAGUUGGUCCAAGAGUAUUCGAAGGGCAACUAACUUGCUGCUAUAUUUUUAUCAAUUUUGUUCAUUCUGGCGUAAAUAAUAAUUACCGUCUUCUUGAAAUUAUUAUUUCAUCGUAUUGUCGAUUUUAAAAACCAUGGCCGCUCGGUGUUUCAAUGGAAAUGAAAAACUCCUGCCUUGAGAAACUUGUGCAAUACAUAUUAAGAAUCAUUAUCACAGCUGACCUUACUGUGAUAACUCUGUCUAGUUGAAAACUGUCACUGAAAUAAUAACAGAUACUGAAAUGCAACACUGCAUGCGAUAAAUUAAAUGCUCCACAAACCAUGUAACACUUGCAAGACAGUUCCUUUCCAUUUCUGAUCCCAAAAUCUAAUACAUUCUUCAGCAAUGCAAAUUUAAAUUUUGAUGGCAUGUUAAGGCGACCGCUUUGUUCUACUGGAGAAGGCUUGUGGCUACCAGAUCUGGGAAGGGAAUCAGAGAAAUAAGCCUGUCCUUUUGUGAUGCAACUUCCUACUUUGACAAAUGCAUUGAUUAUCACCUGUUUUUCCUAGACUCAGCUGCUCAUUAUCUUAUCAGACCCAGUAGCUAAACGAAAGGUAAGAUUCAUUUUUGAUGAAUGAGAUUAAACACUUGUGAGUGUAGUGAGGGGCCUUUUCAGACUGGUUGGUAUGAGACAACUGGAAGCUUAAUUUAGGGAUUGGAUUGAAAUGUGCUUCCUUAUGAAAUUUACCCUGUGGGCUAGUGAGUGAGAACAACCAUUUUUUGUCAUGAGAAUUCUACUUACCUCUCUGGGAGGCCUUGUAGCAUAUUGGUUAAUACAUGUCUGCACCAAAAAUAACAAAGUCAGCAUUUAGGAUCUGGUUUGUAGUGAGGAAUACCAUUGAUUAUGCAAGUUCCACUCUCUGAUUCAUGGUACUGAAAUGGAGACAAGCUCUGAUGGGAUACUGACUUUCCAGCUUAUAAACUGACUAGUUCUGUGACCUUGAAAACAAUGAAAAGUUAUCUACUUCUUAUAAACCAAGUGGGAGGACUGUACUGGGAAACAUUGGCCCAAGGUCAUUUUUGUACAAGGGUCAAUAUUCUCCAGUAUGGCUAGAGCAAUUAAGGUCAGUAGGUUGUUAAUUAUAUAUACAGCACUUGGACCAGACUUGUAUAUUUUGAAUUUGCUGGCUUUUGCAAACAAAAUGAUAUGGCUCAUGAGCAUUCCUUUGGAAAUGGUCUGUAUGAUAAAAAUCCCAACCGAGUAUUAGAACUAAUCAGAUUGCUUAGAUUUAUCUCAAGACUACCUUGCCCUAUAAAGAAAUACAUUCAUUUUUUUCAUAGUUUUGCAAUGUAACUCAUGAAAAUGAAAAAAAAUAUACCUUAUAUCUAACAUAUACCUUAUAUCUACCUUAGUAUCAACAGCAAGUUGCAGUUUUUAUUGUUGGAUUUGAAAAUCUGUGUGGACGCAGAGCCAGGGUAAGUCCUUACUCUUUGGUAUUGAAGUUUAACUUGUGAAAUUUGAAUGUAAGGAUUCCUUGAUGAACUGCUGAAUAUUUGUAUCGGCAAUACUUUUUAGGCAAGUGACCAAAUGAUAGAAAGAUCUAUUUUCUUUUUCAGCUUUUGGCCCAGCUACAAGAGGUAAGUGUAUACACUGCUCUAUUUUGUUUAUUAGAGGAAUCCAGAUAUUGGUUUUGACGUAAGCAUUGUCAAAAACAGGAAGUUUCAUUUUGCAGUUUUUGAUGUCCGUAAGAUUGUUUUGUUUGAUGGGGUAAAUUUUUGAUGCUGUACUGUGCAGUAAAAUACUCUUUUAAUGCAACAUGAUGAAUCUGAUUUGGGUUAACUUUUGUUGGCUGCAAGCAAACUCACAUGAGCAAAUUGUGUGGGUCUUAUGACUGAUAUAGUAGGCUAUAAACCAGGAAUUCCCUUCUCAUAAAAGUCAAGUGAUGGAAAUUUUUUCUCUUACCUGUGAGUGUAAUUGCAUUUAUCUAAACUUUCUUUGGUUUUUUUUUAUAGUUUUUUUCACAGAAUGGUAGAAAUGAAGAUCAAUUUGACAUAGAACCUCCAGACUUUGACAUUGAAGAUGUUGGUGCACAAGUCAGGUAAACACACACAAUAAAAUGAAGAAAAUUUGUCAUCAAAAGCUAUAAGUUUUAAUAAAUAGACCAGAUUGAACCCAGUAUAUAACUAAUGAAGAAGACCAAGUAUGCAUGAACUGUAUUUAAUUUCUUGUUCAAAGGAUUGGUUUAGGGCCAUGUAGUGGCCAAGGACAUCAUCAGGCAAAACAAAGAUAUUCUUACAGUGCCUCUUUCUCCCUGAAGGAGUAUAAAUGGGUGCUGGAAAACUGUGAGAGGAACUCUCACAAUGCAUUGUGCAUUGGACCAGCAACACCAUUUAGGGAAAGUGGUAUUACUCCAGUAGUCAAUAUCGCUCUGAAAACUAGGAGAGGUCUUUGUGGCAUUUGCUACUUGGCUGAAGAAUAGAUUUUACCUAUGAUUGAUGCACAUGUCACUACAUUUUGUUGGUCAAGCCAAAUUACCAUAGUCAUCAAGCCAAUCAAAAUAUUUUGAUGUUAUCAUCUAAUAAAUUAAUACAGUUUUGAAUUACAAGGGGUCUUUUUCCUUCAAUUUUUUCAGAGAUGCCCUGGACAAAGCAGAAAAAGCAACUGAGAGACUGGCUACAGUCUCAAAAGAUGUUAUCAAAGCUUUAGAAAUAGCAAAUCCAAAAGAAACCAAAAAGUAAGUUUUAAGAACAUGUUUCAAACCCAAUCUGAUUAACUUUAUGUUGCAAGUUAGGUCCACAUACCAAUAAAUGAAUAUUAUGCAAAAUAAAAUAUAUGAAUUAAUGAAUAGACAAAUAAUUAGAAAUAUGAAUAAUUAGACACAUAAAUACAGACUUUACAUUUACAAUACUUCUUGUCAAGACUAGCUUUAAUUUACAAUCUUGUUUUGAUGCAGCAGGACUAUAGUGGCCUAAGAGGUUGCUUGCUUUAGCCCUAUUAAAUUUUUUUUACCAUGCUUGAACAAAUUACAGGAUUUCUGCUAUCACUGCAAGCUGAAGUAGAACUUGAUUUUAUUUCUAGAAACAUUUUAACCAAAAAAAAAUUACUUUGCUCGUUUAUUUCUCAAUGGGUGAAGAUCACAUCUGGCAUUUUAUCUUGCAGUUUUCGUUGCUUUCAUGUUGUGCAAAUGUAUAUGAGCCAUUAGUUUCCAGAAGAAUUCUUUAAGAAUUAAGUUAUUAUUUGAUAGCGAGGGCAGAGGUGAGAAAUAGGAAACUAUACUGACCAGUGAAACUAGAGACUGCCGUUUUUAUGAGGAUCAAGCAACACACUUGACCUUAAUUACAUAUAAAUUGGCUCUAGCUACUUAUAGAGUUGACUAUAAUUGAAUUUCAUACUUUGACAUACAGUAUAAACUAACCUUACUUUGCCCAAUUCAUUAACCUUCAUUGAAACUAGUAAUUUAACAAACAUUAUUCAUCAGAUACUUACUAAAAUCACCUUCUCUGUAUCAUGACCCUUCCUUUGUGUCAACCAAAAAAAACCAUUCACAGACCAAAGAAAGAUAUGUGGCUGUUAUGAAAAAUGCCAAGUUUUUAGUUACACUUCUUAAGAAUAAAAAUCAUGUUUGUUUACUUUCGCUCACUCCAAAGGAAAAUCAAGAUUAAGUGUCAUUCAAAAGAAAAGCUUUUCUUUGUGACAACUCAGUUAGAUCAUGAAAAGUAUUCAUUCACUGUUGUUAUUAAAAUUAGGCCAUGGUAAUCUUUAAACAUUAAUUAGUUUUGAGUCAUUCAACUGUUUGGUAUGCAUUGGAUCAAUGCUCAUUAAUUGGUUUCAUUGUGAGAAUCUCAAGAGAACACAUGAUCCUCUAUUGUUUUGAUGCUAAUGAAGACACAGUUGCUAGGCAUUUUCAAGAAGAGUCUUCAGAUUUCUGUUAAACAAAAUCCCUGAAGCAAUAGGUCAACACAUGAGACACACAAACUGUCUUUGUGGUUUUGGGUUGCAUUGUAAAGUGAACACUCCAUUUGGAAGAAGGGAAAGUCAAUUUAUUUGAAAUUUGAUGAAUUAUAGAUCCAUCCGAUGAUGGUUAGUGUGUUAGUGUUAACAUUGGGGAUUUUUAAGUAGUGAGAUCUAGUUGAGUUAUCACUUCACAUUUUUGUUUAUCUGCUAAUUAACAAUAAGUAUCGUGUUUUAUCAAGCUGGGUAUGAAUAUACACUCUGAUGUGCACUGUGUGUUGAUAGAAAGUACCAAUUUGGGGUGUAAAGGCAGUGUAAUCUUUGCUAUAUUGUUACUUAAGUUGUAGUUUUGAAAAUUGAAAAAUGAACCAGCUAAGUCUUGUCAUGGUUUAGUGUUUGUUAGUGUUAAUCCUUUGCUGUGAAAUGUAUAUUCUAAUUCAUUCUGUUCCCUCAGAGCCAGUGAUAAGAAUCAAUGUCAGUAAAGUUCAAUUAAUAAAAGCAACACUUUUGCUUUGUGAUUUCUUUAUUCUUCACGGGUGAGAUCUAAAUUAUGACGAAGAGUAUAAUGAUUGUGCGCUUCACGAAGUGAGUUGCAUGUUAUUUAUCAUGUUCUGAUUAUGACAGAUGAAUUCGUUUUAGGUUGAUUAAAACAGUCUCUGCUAAAAUUAAACUGGUUUUGUUUUGAUUUGUUUUUUACUACCCAGGGGAAAAAAGAAACUUGAGCGAGCUCUUCAGCAGGCACAGCAAGAUAUUUUGUCACUGACUGAAAAACUGAUCAGAGUACAAAAUGGUAAGUUGAGCAUGUGAAGCAACCAUCAGUGACAAUUAUUCCAGACAUCAUUGAUCUAUUAUUAUUUAUUGAAAAUUAUUAUUCUUAGUUGUCAUGUCCAAAACACCUCAACGUUAAUUCAGCAACACCAUCUUUUUAGACAUAUUUGUUGUUUUUUAAUAAGUGGGAUGUACACAAUUUCAUCACAGAAUUGUCCGUCUUUGAUAAUUCACCUGGAAUCAUCUGUUUCUGAAGUCGCUCUGUGGAUACAUGUACAAAUACAGAACUGUAUGUUCCCUGGCCAUACAAAGACUAGGAAGCUAUAAAUUAAACAGUUUUAAAGACCCAUGUGAUUACCCAGAGUCAAUGUCACAACUAUACAAACAAUGAGAAAUUACUGAUAACAACUUCUGGGCUAGUUGUAUGUGAUGCUGGCAAUUGCUGUGACUGGUUUGCCUGUUUUCUUGCAGAGUUCAGUUUGUGACAUGUAGUGAAUUAGUUUUUUUUUUGUACUAAGAAUUUUUAUGGAAUAAAUUUGUUGUAGAUCUUGAAGAAAGUGAAGGCAAGAUGUCCCAAAUGUACAAGUCUAUGGAGAUGAAACAAGUGGAAAUUGAAAGGUAUAAUUUAUAGUCCCUCCCAUACCUUUGAUUGCCGUAGUAUUUGGUGAUGUUUCAAAUUACUAUACAUCAUGUAUUAAGACGCUAAGUAAAAUUGACAGUUGGGUAAGUUACAUUUUACAUCUCUUUAUAGGCUUAAGGUUCAAGGGGAGAAUGCAAAGGUAAGCCUGGUUCUUUUGUUGCCUACAAUCAAGUUUUCAGGGAGAGGAGAAUAAUUUAGUAUUUUAAGAAUUGAGCAUAUUUAUUUCCAGCACUUUAGGAAAAUCUGCAAAUAACAAAAUCUUGCUCAUUUUUAAUGAUAUUGCAGAAAGCUAAUGAAACAAUCAAAGAGUUGAAAGUAGAGCUUACUGUCAAAGAUACAGACCUUCAAAGAGCCAACAAGGUGAUAACAUUUUAAAUAAAAUAAUCUAUAAAUUACCACUGAGGCACAUGGGUAAAUAUAAGAGUAAAACUUUGAUUUGGUUUCAUCUGUUCUUCAGAGUCUUAAGAUCAAUGCAUAUUGUGAACUAGUCUUGCUGUGAUGCAAUUCGCUGCUAAUUUAUGUUUCCUGUCUCCCUUUUGGUGAUUUAUGUAGCUUAUUAGUUACCAAUACAACCCUUAAUUUUGCAGUAUUUAACCUAAGAUUGCAAAGAUUGCAGCUGUUGUGUUAUUUUUCUUUAAUUACUUGAAUUUAUUAGUCCCUUUCUUGAAGGAUAAAUUUAUAUACACAAUUUCUAGUUAAUUUGAUUUUCAAGUGUAUUACUUUUUCUAGACGAUUCAAGAACUUGAGCUAAAUCUAGCUCAUUUAGAGGAUAAGCAAGAGAGAGAUUUUGAGAGAAACAAAAAAAUGAAAGAGGAAAACCAGGUAAAGCCACAAUAUGCCAAAGGAUUUUCCUCCAAACCAUUUUCUAGUUAAAAAAUUAUUAUACUUAGAUCUACAUUGACAGGAAUUCUAAUUUUAUACAGACAUGCAGCUCCCUUUUUUUCCCAAACUGAGUACUUUUAAUAAUUCUCUGUAUGAUUCCCAUCUCUUUUAGCUAACAUAGCUAACCACAGGCCAUCAUACUAGUGAGUCAUUGCCUAGUUACCAUGGCUUUGGGGAGACCUUUGAAUUCCUUGCAAGAUGUACAUUGUGAUUUAUGCAUUUGAUAUAAUUUAGUACAAGCCAGCUUUCUUUUCGUUUAACAGGUUCUUUUCAAUAAAAAAAGUCUUGAUUUGUGCCAUGGCACUAUGUGAAAAGAGCAGUUUCAGUAAAUGUUUGUCCUUUUGCAAUAUUCCCACAGGCACAAGAAUAGCUCUAAAGUUAACCUAAAAAACAUUGUAUGUGGGUGCACUUUUAUUACCUUUAGGGUGACAAUCAUGUUUUCUUAAUUUUUACUUUGCAGAAAUCUAAGGAUACAUAUGAAGAAAAAAUUCGUGAUCAGCAGCAGUAUAUAGCAGAUCUGAGAUCAGGUGAACUCUGAUUAGAAUUAUUGUAAUUGAUAUUUACAGUUUUAAUUUCAUAAUGUGUACUUAAAAAGGUAAACGAUGAUUAGUCUUCCACUUUCCCUGGCUAUCAUGCUAUGAUACACCAGGGAAAAAAAGAUGCAAUGAGGUGUCCUUUGAUGAUAAUUUUUAUAAAUCAAUCAAUCAAUAAAUCAGUCAAUCAGUCAGUCAACAAUUAAACAAUCAUUGCUAAUGUUGAUGUGUACUGCUUUAGAAUUGAAGCAACAUUAUGACGAACAGGUCAAGGAAUUAGUGGGUGGCCAUCAGAGAGAACUGAGCCAAAUUCGGAGCGAUCACAAGGUUGAGCUGGAUAGGAUGCAAAAGGCACUUGAUGUUGUAAGUUACCAACAUUUUAGAUUAUUGUUUUCUACAAAUCAUCCUCAAUUUGAUGCACAUUUCUUUGUUUUUCCAUCUCUUUCAAUGAUAAGUUUAAUGAAGACUUUCUGGGUGAGAGUAGCAUUAAAAUAAGUUGGGAAUUUACCAUAAAUUUUGCAACCAAAUGCAAAAUUGCAAUUGUUUGACCAUUUGCAUCCACACUGCAUGUACAAAGUACAUGUCUGUGCAUCAGCCUCCAGCCUCCAGCCUCCACCAAGUAAGAGAAGUUUUCUAGGAAACUUUUACUGCUGAUAGAUAUGAACACAACCUGAGUAAUAGCCAUUUUCAGAGUCCAAUGAAGACAGAAACUCCUGUGAUUUUAUGGGCUUUUCAAUAUACCCUCCCCUUAUUUUGAAAUAAGUUCUUUAUUCAUCUUGAUGAUAAAAUAGAGAUCAAACAGUAACAGAGGCUGUAAACUCUCUUGGCAGGCAAGAAGAAAAAGUGAAGAGCUUAAAACUGAGUUGUCAGAUUCCAGCAAGCGCAACUCAAUAGCAGCUGACUCUGGAAGCAAACGAAGUAGUCUGUUUUCACCAGAGAGUGAUGGUGGAGAAUCUCCUCGAAAACUAUCAAUGAAGUCUUCAGCACAGGCUGUUAGAUUCUUGAACAAGGGAAAACAGAGUUUGGUGAGGACUUGCAUCUAUGCAUGAUACAAUGUAAUUAAAAAAUGAUUAGAUGUUAUUUUUGUCAUGUGGCGGGCUGAUCAUACUAUAUUAUUUAUAUAUGCUAGGUAGCUUGGUUUUACAUACCUGCAAUUGCUUGCAUAUACUUUUGCUGGUAUAUUUGUGCUUUUGGCAAACUGAUUCAAGGGGAGCUUGAGUCCCUUGUGUCUACUUAAUGCAUGUUUUACAGUUUGUAUUUGAGUUGAAAAAGUAUCAAAACUUUACUAUUUUGUGCACCAAUUACCUUCUUGUCACAAUGCAGUUUAAUGUGUAUGCUUUGUGGAGUUGUUAUAAGAGGCAUUGGUCUGUUAUCUCCUGUUAAUUGCCAUGCAUGAUAUAUGCACAUUGCCCAAUAUUGGAUCAGUUUUUUGAUGAAUGAUUAAUUAUUUUAUAUGAUGUAGUUUCAAAAAAAUUGCAAGAUAUUGCUACUUUUCUCUGCAUGGGACAAAAAAGAAUUUCUGAGUUCAGCUUGAGGUAUAAAAUUCUAAGCCAGUUCUAAUUUUACAAUUGUUGCUGUACUGCCGUUAAGAAUGUGUUGAAGUAAAAGGUUUUUACCUUUAUUUAUUCAGAGUGAUGGAGGAUCAGCUUCAGACCAAAGUGACAGUUCUUUAACACCAAUAAACAAGUCAACAACACCAACCCAAACAUCACCGUCUGUGGAGAUUACUCAAGAGAAGGCUGGUGAAAGCCCUUCACGAAAAUCUUCUCUUUCCCGCCAAGAAUCAAAAACUGACAGCAAAAAGAGCAGUGCUAAAGAGAAGAAUUCUGCAGGAACACCAGAAAAACAGUUGAAAUCAAAAUCCCCUGAUAAAACACCAGCUGCUGUUGAACCCUUUGAGAAAACAGAAACAGCAGAUGAAAAUUCUGAAGUGAAACGAACUGCUACAGCAGAGACAACAAAUAGUCAAGGUAAUCAAUUAAGUCUCAUCCAUCAUUAAAAUAAGGCUGGAGAAGAACUACAGAACAUUUGCCGUAUGUUGAAUUUUUCCCACGAUGGAACCCUAACAUUCCCCCACUUUGUUGUGAAAACCUAUCCCUGGAAAAAGUUUCCUAGGAAGUUGACAGCCCAGAAAGUUUUAGUAAAAGCGGGUCACUGCCACCUAUAAGACCGCUAUCUGUUUAACCUGCCAGCAGGCUCUCGUGUUUGGCUUUCGUCUUACGGUAUGUUUUCCGGACACAGCCGACUAUUACACCAUGGAAAAAAAAUAUUGAAACCCCUGUUUGUUGUUAAGUCGAUCUAAUUUGUUUGCAGCCUUGUUUAGUUCACAUGCUCUUUUUUUUCUAGCGUAUUCUUUUAUCUUGGAGUUGAUUCUUUAACUAGAGUUCUACUCUACUUGGUUACCCUCAUGGAUUAAAUAUCUUUAAAAUAGAAAGGCAUUGAUGUGUAUGCAUUAUGCCCCUUUCCCUGUUGCCAUCUCUUACUAAAGCACGGUUUCUUGAUUUAAUUUUUUUUCGCGCAUUUCCAGUAGGCAUUGUGAAAGUCGAGAUGGUCGACAUUGGUAUUCAAAGUGAGACAGAAGAUUUAAGUGAUAACGAAACUGCUGCACAGCAAACAGGAAGGAGGCCAACCAUGUUGCAAGUUGUUCCAGAGGUUGAGGAGGAACACGAACAUGACAAUGAAUUGGUAUACUGUGGUUUAGAUUUUAAGAUCAUAGGUUUUUGUAAAGAAUGGUUAGUCACUCGUAAUGUACUGCACCUGUCCUUAUACUAAAUCCAACCCUUGAACCCCUGGGUGUGAUUUAAACAUGGAACCUGGUUUGAAAUUAAAAUGCAUUAUCUAAUUAAAAAGUUAGUCAUCGACUUUUUUGCCGAGAAAAUUCCAAGUCCUUUUCAUUAGUUACCUCAGGGAGGGAAGGGGAGAGUUAAAGAAUAUUAAAAAAGUGCAAUAGAAAAGGUCUUUUUCUACAUUGGGGAGAAGAAGAACUAGAAAAAUCUGCAAAAGGCUUUCUUUAUCUUGCGAGGGUUACACCGUGUCUGAAAUCUAACUUGCUUUGCCUCAGAUUCACCCUGACGUGGCGGUUUUUUUCAUUGUAGGAAUCGCAAUCUCAAGUUUAUCUCAUAAAGAAACUAGAAGAUUACAAGGCUAAGGUAUGAUAUAAAAUGAACACACAGCACUUUUUGUGGAGCUAUUUGUUAAACGCUCUUUUCAAUACUUUUAUCUAUAGGUCUGAUCAUGAUUGCUAAUUUGAUUCGCGAGAGUCUUUUGCUUUUUUUAGGCACAGGAAAGGCAGAAAAAGUUGGAACUAGAGCUUGCUGAAUUGAAGAACAAGGUAGCACACGUGACCCUUUACCCCUUAAGUUCAGCAUGCAUAUUCUCCUAACUUUUUCCCGUAUAUUUCCUUCGGUGAUGACGAGGAGAAUUUGUUUAAAAACUAAGAGCUUCUUUAGGUGGUGAUCAUUUCUUUUCCUUUGACACUGUAAGGAGAAAUUACAUUGUAGCUGCUGGUCAUUCUCAGGGUUAACGUCACGGAUUACCAGUGUAGGCCAUGUAACAAUUGACGGUUGAUAAUUAAAUUGUUCUUGUUUUUUGUAGUAUAUGAUGAAAACCAAUUCUUUGAAAAAGCAAAAUGAGGAAGUUCAGAACAAUUUUAUGAAGGUGAGCAAUGAUUUAAAUGAGCUUGAAAGUGGUACUUCUCUAUCUGUCUCACCCCUUAAUCCUUUUCAUUUUUGAAUAUAUAUCCGACCUGACAUAAGAAAUUUCAAAGGUUUGUAUUUGGAAAGUAUUUCCUUUAUUAUUGGAUAAUAUUAGUGUUCUCAAAGAUACAUUUGAUUAGCUUGUGAUGUGAUCAGCUCAUCAAGAACUGAAGAGUAACUUAUGAUUUGUGGAGUAAGCCAGUCCUUUAAAAUGUUUGUUGAAUCCAACCCAUCAGGAAAAAGAAGUGUUGCUCAGUAGGAUUAAAGAUGCUGAGUUACUGAAGGUAAGGUCACUCCUCUUAUCUUUUAAAAAAUGCCCGAAUGAAAGGUCGAGGCUCGACCAUUUUUUUGAGGCGAUUUGAGUUGGAAAACGCAAAAUUUACGUUGCUUCUCUUUGUUCUCCUUUUUCAUUACAGGAACAAGCAGAAAAAGAGGUAACUAACAGCAUACAGUCAGUUAAAUGCUUUGUCAUUAGUUAUGACAUCGCGCUGACAACGGUGCUUAUGAUAAUAUUUUGUAAAAAAAAAGGGUGUGUCUCAGUAUUUCAGAAUGUUGAACUUUUUUUACUUUAACCUCUAAUUGCCAAACUGACAGGGCACAAUUCUUGUCUAGAGGCGAAACUCCAGCAUACGAGAAUGAUUUGCAAUUUUUAAGAGUGUAAUUUACAUUACGCAAAUCAAGGUAAACUUGAAAAAAUAAAAAGUCGGCGCUAUUUCUUGUUUUAUCUGAAGGCAGGCUAUUUCAGGCUUCCCAUUUUUACCCAUUCAUGCCGAGUCCCUUUGUGGCUUUUCUGUAUUUUUUAAGUUGUUCUCCUCCUACCAGGUAGUAUUCUUUAAUUUUAACAUAUCAUCUUUUUUACUUUUUUAGGCUGAACUGGCAGUUCUGCAACUGGUUAGUUUUUUUGUAUUUUUUUAUGGUUAACGAGUUUUAUUACAACGCUGGCAGCGCCUGUGGGUAAUAUGAACCGAAUCCUAUGUUUUGAUUGGCUACCUGAGUGGGCAAGAUGGGCCCAUCUUGCCCGCUCGGGAUUGCCCGCUUUGAUACGAAAAAAAAAUUGAAGUAGGACCAACUUCGUAAUUCUUGCGAUUGAGACACAAAAAGCGGUAGAAACAAAGAAAACAUAAACGACUCUCUUUGUAUUAUGGUGCUACAAACGCAGUUGUCUCUCUUUCCCGGCUCUCGAAGUAAUCAAGCCAUUCUCGAUUCUUAAUAAGGCGAAAUAUUUUUGCACCGUAAUAAAUCCUUUAUUGACCAAUCUCGUUUGCUCAAGAUGGGUGGACAUUAGCCACGUUCCUUUUUUUGCAUUUUUAUAUGUCUCGACUUCGUCUCGGUCCGCAAAAAAAUGCGAAAAAAGAACUCGAACAUUAUUUGGCCAUCUUGACCUCACGCCUGGUCAAUAACUAAAAUUUAUAAAUUGGGUUUUACGACAAAAACGUAUGAACAAAGAAUAAAGUAAACGUCCAAUUUAACGGAUGACAAGACACACUUUUGAAAUCAAUAAGUUGUUUGCAAGGUAUUUUGAAUGCUAACACUUGUAAUCUUUUGUUUUUUAGGAAGAGUUCCUCUCCGAACAGGAGGAAAUGGUAAGGCAACGCACUUAAUUUGGUGACUGCUUGAUAGGGUUGUUAACCACAACCCCUGAGAGUGGCUAGCAUUUAUUUUCACUCUCCAAAAUCACCACUAAAUGAAACAUUCCAGUCAUGAAAAUGAUGGAAAUGAUCAUCAACUACAAAGGCUCUUGAUUGUGAAACAAAUUCUCCAUUUUGGUACCAGAAGAAAUGGAAAGAACACAGUAUGGAGAAUAUACACACUGAAGUUAGGUUAUAAAGGUUGAGUCGUGGUGGAGAACCUGUUAAGAAAUUUUUUGUUUCGCUAAGUACAGAGUACAAGGUGGGUUGUGUUGUGUUGCACCGUGAAGAUGAUGCUGGCCAUGUGUUUGAACUUUGUAUCUCACACAGACCUGGCUUUACCAAAAUAUAACUAAAUUACCAUUGGUAAGUUCUCAACAGCGGUAAAAAUCUGCCGUAAAAUUUUCACCGGGACCGCUUAGAGGUGGAUAUGACCUUUGAAAGGCAGUUGCCGCUUCAUAACCGGGUUUAUAUUUGAGAUUUGUGUUCAAAGUUAACAUGGAACUUUGGUACAAUAUUCCUUGGGCAUGGCUCGAUUUGGUUUCUUGUUAGUGGCAUCUUGGGCGCUCUGGAGGAAGGGAAGGGGAAGAACAAGAAUUUAUUUAAUAGUAGUAUUUCUUUCACCGGAUUUCCAACUUUCUUGUACCGUGGCCUUCCCAACAUAGAAUUUUGUCUUCACAGAGGCAACUAAAGGAGAAAGGUUUACACGAUAAACAUGAAGAACAGACAAUGACGGGCUUGUCACUUUACGACAGACGUGAAGAGGAAACCAUGACAAGCAACUCGAUAUUUGACAAACAAGAGCAAGAAACCAUGACUAGUAAAUCCCUGGCAAACAUGCGUGAGGAACAGACUAUGACCUCCAUGUCCCUGGGGACAGACCAAGAACAGGUACUUUUGAAUACAACUAGUCUCCUUUCUAUGCUGAUGUCUAUUAGCGGGUGUGCAUGGUUUUUAUGGCUUGUUUCUCUAGGACUUUGUUGACUCAGAAAUUUCCAACUCCAGGUUACUUAAUUGUGUCUUAAUUGAGGUUGAAUCCUGAUAUAAUUUUGAGUCUAUGUUACAAGACACCAUCGAGACUGAUGAGUGUUUGGAAAUUUUCAGGCUAGCAUGCUUGUCAGUGUUACAGAGUUGUCUGCCCUUCCCUUCUUCCCGCUGGAUUCUUCUCCUACUGACCCGAGUUCUACUCUGAUUUGUUUCCAUCGCAGAUCAGCGAUUCAAAGAGGCAUCAAUCCGUUGGGAGUCAGUCGUCGCGUCAGUCCUCUGCUCAUUUGAUGGACAGUGUAACACAGGAUCAAAGUGCUGAAAGAGGUCUGAGUCCACGUGACAGUGGGUUUGAUGGAGCGGCCUCAAGCCUCAAGUAUGACUCCAGACCGAGUUCACCUACCGUGAAGUUUUCCGUAGAUGAGGUUAGUUGCUAGUGGUAGUUGUAUUUCGUGUUGUCUCGUGUGCUUUUAGAAACCGUUUACCAAAGAGUGAAACAAAUAAACUUCCAUCUCGUGUACACUUUCGAAGCUGAGCUACGAAGCCACACGUUGGGAGCGAGACAAGAUUUGGAGGGUUUGUCUUUCUCGCAGAGGAGUCUGUCACAAUCUCAAUGAAAUAAAUUUCAUUUGACCUGGGAAUGCAAUUGAAGGAAAUGGUGAAGCUUUGUAGCUCAGUUGGUAGAAGCGCCAAACUAGUACCUGGACAAGCUUUUAAAGAAUGGGCCAAAUGGCUUGACUUCAAAGCCUUUACCUAUCUAGUUCUUUCUUCUGCAGCAACAUCCUCGAGAAUCGAAACCAACAAUGCUGUCUCCCCCUCAGCAGACAAGACCUGCUAUGAGUGCUAGGGCUCGUAGGCGACUCAUAAACUCUGCUCUCGGCGAUCACCCAGUGGCUCAAGAGACAUUGCGGACAUACGAGGCAGUCCUGCUGUUUAGUCGUAACAUAACGCAGUGGUUGGACCGCGAAGGGCUUAGUGAAGAAUCUGAUCUGUUGAAACGUGUACAGCCUGUGGUUCUCAACCAGGUGAACUGGAAAGCUAUUGAGAAAUAAUAUCUGAAACAAUUACUUGCUGUAACGACUUUCUGGUCUCUUGGUUGUGAAGUUUUCCCUUGAUAGAUUAUUAUUUUUGUUUUAUCAGUUGCUGUGAGCAUGCUUUUGCAUAUUUUUUUUUGUUUUCUUUUGUUUUUUUUGGCUCUUGUCUAGCAUUUCAGUAAAAAUUAUUUGAACCUUUAAUGUAUCAAUGAAGUGUUUGACACAAGCCUUAUCUUGUCUACAUUUGUACACAGGAAGACACCUUGGAGAUAAUAGAGAGUCUGCCGGAGAUACGUAGCAGUAUUGACCAGGUCAGUGCACAGUUCAUAAGCAUUAUAUCUUCCAUGUGCUGUUAACCACGACUGCCGUCCACCAAUACAUUCAAAAUUUCCCAUGAGAACAUCUAUACAUAUUGGUUUAUUUUGUAGAUACAGUUAGCUUUUAGUUGUCUAUUAUGAGAAACACUCAUAAGCUAGUUUUAAGGUAUUACACAGUUGGGUUGGUUGAGAAAUAUUAUAUAUUUACGCAGCUUAAAAAAUUUGGUACAAUAAAGAAUAAGAAAAAAAAUAAUCAAACCAAAACAUUGAUGAAAUUACAAAAAAAAAAAAAAAAAUCGGGAGAAUUUUAGUCACAGUUCUCCGGGAUUUUGAUUUUAAGCAUCCCCUCAAUAUCAGACUCUGAGAAGUAACUUUGUGAAGUAGAGGCACAUCAAUAUCUAUCAUGCAAAUGUUUGAUUUGCUUUUUAUUGCAUUAUUGUUGUUUUAGAUUCUAAAUCAGGUGGGCAGUGUUUUGUCCAGUCAACAUCUCGCACGAUCCAAACCUGUGGACACGAAGAGUGUAGGACUGAAUCCCCCGGAACCGAAAACGCGGCAAGAAUGGAGACCGAAGAGUUUUAAGGUGUGCAUUUUUCUGUGGUCUAACGACUAUUCUUCGUAGGAGCAGCGAAAAGGAACCUCUCAAAAGUAUUCUUUGAAACCUCAGGGUAACAAUUGUAUCAGUAUAGUGGUCACUAUCACAACGAAUGGAUUAUUAUUCGUUUUAUUUCAAAUUUUCCUCCAAAAAUACACCAAAAAUUUGCGCGGCGGCCAUUCUUAAAAUUACGGCCUCUGCGAUGCAAUCGCCUCAUGCGUGAUGAGAGUGGAAAGAUAUAACUGAGUUGGCAAGAUGGGUCCACAUUGCCCGCUCGAAGAGCCAAUCAGAACACAGAAUUAGCUUAAUCUCGUGUCGCUUCCUACGUAGCACUGUUUAAGAUAUAUUUUUGUGGCUAUUAUUCCACCUAACCACUUGAUAACAACUAAAAUAUCGCUUAAAAAUUUGAAAGCUAAACUGUUUUUAGGGAUCCUCUGUUACUCCAAACGUUCCACCGUACACUCCGUGUAUAGAGUGAGUUGCUCGGGUUUGUUGUUGAAACGACAGGUUGUGUUUUGCUAAGGAUCUUACUUGUAAUAGAACAGAAAUAAGCUGGAACUUUGAAUUGAGGUCAUCGACGUAGUCAACUCAAACAUUACUUCCUCCUUUCUCUUCUCGCCUCAUCUUAAGCAGAAGGAAGAUUUAGGAGAUACAUCAAGCAUGGAAUCCAACUACGUCAAGCUGCUGAAGGAGUACAACGAUUUGGCCGAAGGUUACGAGCGUCUUCAACGACAUCUGGAUGAAGAAACCAAGUUUCACCAGGAACAAACCAGUCAGAAUGUAGCAGUCAUGACAGACAUGCAGGACACGAUCACGCAGCUGAGGAAUCAGCUGGCAGAACUGAGGAGCAUACGGUCCGCUUCAUCGGGGGUGCGUCACGUCCUAGUAAUUUAACAUCAUCUUGGAAAGUUAGCUAGAAAGUAAAGAAGUUAAGAAAGUGGGAGCCUCUCAAGAAAAGAAAAAGUCUGAGUCUCCUUUGAAGUGACACGUUUAUCGCCUUUAUGAUUAAAAGGGUUAACAUUGUUUUGAUAAAUGUUGCUUAAAUCUUUCUCGCUUUAUGUUUUGACCGAUCACACAUUUACUAUCACUAGGGAAUGUUGUAGUCAUGGCUAUUACCUGUAUAUGCCAUGCCUCUAGCCGACAAGAGCUACUCUUGAUUGUGUACUCAAACUCCAAAGUAACCAGGGAUAGGUCGUUAUAUCAAUUAAUCUUUCGAUUGUCUUUGUUGUUGCAGCGCGCAAGUUCUUCCAUUAUGUUCACACGACUCGAUGCAGAAAGAAACGGGAAGAUCCUCAAGCGUGCUGUCAACGAAAGGCGACUGUCCGACAGCAGUUUCUCUGUGAUCAUGGAACACAUGGAUAAUUAUGUUAGUUUACCGGCCAAGAGAUUAGCGCAUAUUGUCAGGCGAUAUAGUCACCACCGAGCUAUGAAAAACAUUGGUAGGUUUGCAGUAUUUUCCCUAGGUUAAUAGACUCUUUUUCAAAACAGACGACAUGGCGGACAGAACCUCUCUAUAUCUGUGGCACCGGAAGAAUGGUGUCGAGAAAGGUCAGGACAGCGCGACCGGAUUUCAAUCCAGAUGACGCACUAGACGAUUCAGGGUAUCGCAGCACAUUAAGUAGAACCCCAGAAAGGGAAAGUGAAUCUCGAUUAGUUUUGAAUCGCCAAGAGCAGUGUUAACUGGACGCCUUGUUACUUCUGAACUUUAUAUUUCUAUACUUCACCUGUGCGCUGGGAUAAUUCUGGCUUUACUUCCCGUUUUAACUCUCUACUUCCUACAUCGGCAUUCGUUUGGUGAACCCCUUCUCAACAACAAAAUUCGAAAAGUCGGUUCUGCUGAUAACAAAGGUUUUCAAUAAUUGCAGAAUGUGGUAAGCCUAUAAUUUUGGCCCAUGUUUUUCGUCUAGACAUUUAAGUGAGUAGCUGUGGUAAACCGAUACCUUAACUGACCUCGAAUGUCGUUUUUUUAGAGCAAAGUUUACAACGAAGUGGUAGUCUUGACGAAAGCGUGUUUUCAACCCUGGAUAAAAUGGAAGCUUUACAAAACACACGCGCUCAGCGAUGGGGCAACCAAAUGGACAAGUAUGCGUUCGAGCGUGAGCAACUUGCACAGCAGUUAACGUCCUGUUUUGAAAACCUGGAGCAAGAGACAGGGAUCUUUCUCAUAAAACCUGUUUAUUCUCUAAAAGGAAGGUGAGAGAAUAAAUAUAGACAACUAAAUUACAGAAAAAAAUUGCAAUAAAUCGUUUAAUAAGUGGAUGAUUAGCGACGUAUUGAUUUUAUAAGGUAAAAUUCAGUUGCAGAGAAAGUGCCUUAAAAAAGAAAUCAGGCCUCAAGAGGGAUUGAACUGGUGCUUUCCAGACAUCAUUUGGACUCCACUGCCAACACGCCUUUACCAGAAGUUUAAACACUUUCACUUUCUAAGCGAGUCCAAAACACAAGCUUUUGUUAUUAUGGAAAUGGCCGUGAAGCCACCUACUGGAAGACAGGCAAAUUGUUCCGUUUUCGACCGUAUAUUAAAGUCAAAUACUUUUUCUCAACAGAUCUGAAGUGAAUGGUGGGCAUGUUAUUGCCCAGAGAAACAAACCCUCCCCGGUACCACCUAAGCCUAGUGGUCCAGCAACCCCUGCACCAACUCCAUGGCAAAAUUAUGGGUCCAAGGCACCAAUAUCGGCGGGGCUCUACCGUGACCUGACACAAAGCUCCCUCGCCAGAGCUGCUUCCUCAAUUCCUGCCGUGGCUCAGUUAGAAGAUGGGACAAUUAGGAUGAGAGUCACACAGCCCAUGGACAAAGAGGGCCUGUUAAGCUCUUCCGCUGGUGUAACGUGGCAGGCGUCCAAGUCCCAAGUGUUGGGUUCUCCUUCAGCUGCUGUGCAAAUUAACACGCCUAGAAUUCUAGAGCUUGAUGUUAAUCGAAUGAUGAUAGGACAGACAGAUGUGAGGUAUGUUAUAAACGAUCUCUGGAACUACUCUAGGACAAGCGUCUUAUUGAACUCAUUAUUUGACACAUCUUUAUCCCCAGUGGUCAACUGUCCAACAGCUUGAUUCUUGACAGGUUUCACCUUAUGGGAAUUAUGAGAAUAACCUCUUCCCUUUGUAGAAGAAUUAGAUAACUUUCACUGACUUGAAGAGAUCAUAUCAAUAGAAGCAAGAACAUUCCAUUUACUUUGUCAGUUCCAGACCCUAACCUGAUUUGCUCUAAAUAUUUGCAGUUCAUAUGGUGUUGGUUUACUCGCGUUUAUAGAAUUUUAGUGCCUUUAAAAGAGCGGUAUACGUUUGGAACGAUUUUAGAAUACAUUGUUCUCUUAAUAUGACGUAUUGAGUAUCGUUAUUUUUUAAUUUUUCACCACAGUAAGCACAUUUACCCUCCCGAUGACUCUGGUGAAAUGACAGGCUCCGCUGUUAGAAGUUAUGUUACAGUGGAGCGACCAUCAGGCGGUAAACAAAUCCGAAAAGCCAAGCAAGCUAACCUAGGUGAGCCAAUUAGUUAAUAGACGGAAGUCAGUCAGUAACUGACCGUGUUCUAUUAAUGGGAUAUGUAGUGUUUCCGUUGACUGAAAGAAUAAAAGGGAUAUGAACUCUUGUGGUAUAUCCUGUCUUCUCUCUGAAGUGUCCUUCCCAGAUAUAUAAAUUUACGUACACAGGGUUCGCAAAGAGUCAUGAAUUCGUGGAAAAGUAUGGAAAUUUGCAAUUUGAGGACGUGAGAAAAGAAUAAUUGGGAAAACUUAUUGAGUCUCUCCAAACUUCAUAAAGUGCUUAAUUACUGGGUGAAAUAUUUGUAUGGUGUCAAAAGUUAAGCUCGUGUAGAUUACUCAGGCCAAAGUGCACAGAGGGGGAAUUUUCAUUUUGGGAAAAAGCUCACAACCAGCUAUUUGCCUUACCAGUGUGAUUUGACCGAUAACCUUGAGUGCGGCUCUUGGAGUAAUGACAAGGAAAUACUUUGAAUAGGAGCAACUGACGAAAUUAGAAUUUCAUUUCUGGAGAACUGUUGAAGUCCUAUUGGUUAACCUAUCAACUGUAAUGACACACUUUCUGUUUAUUCUUUCAGCAUCACAGAGUUAUUCUCCACCCAAUAGUGCUCCAGACAGCAAGCCUCAGGGCCGUCCUCAGAGUGGUCCUCAGUUGACACAUUACUCUCCUCUCCCUCCCAUACACAUGCCCAAGUUACGCCAGGAGUCACGGUCAGGCAAGUCACUUGAGAGUGAGGCUGUAACCCAUUCAGAUGCUGGGACUCCUGUGGCAGGGAUCAAGUUUGAAGGCACCAGACCCAGUACAGGUGGAGCCCAUAAUGGACAAGACAAUCAUAUAGGACUUAUCUCCCCUGAGAUUUUACCUGUUAGAUAGCGACGUUUGAACCUCGAUUGUUUCUGAAUAUUUAAAUAGUAAGAAAGAGAUGUAGCAUGACUUUCAGAAGAAAUUUACUUUAUCGUCAGAGUUUAGUUAUCUAAAUAUUAUAAGAUUUCGUGCGAUUUUAUUUUUUUUCGCCUUGGAAAGCGGAAAGGAAUAAGAAUUGGGCCAUAUUUGCCCACCGUUAAAUAAGAGUGGUAUGUGAGACACCAUUUUACGGAAUAUUAAUCUCUACCAUUUUGAAGUAUGUGUAAAAAUCUACUUCUCACCGUGGUUUAAGAUUUCAAAGAGUUACAUGUCCUCUUGGAAGUCGUCCUAAAAACUGACAAGAAUUGCUAUUGCGGACAAACAGAACUCAUUAACCUGGCAGCACACUUACAAAGUCGCAGACUUCAACUCAGGUUGAGGGUACUACAACGCACGGUUCACAAACAGCCGUUGCCUUGGUAGUCGCAAAAACUCCUUAUUUGAGCCAACAAUGCCUUUUUUUUGUAACUAUUAAUAGUUCAAAAAGAUGGCGAGGAAGAAAAGACUUUAGAGAAAAGCGGCAGGUUGCUGAGAAAGAUUUCUAAUAAGGGCGUCUGAAGCGAAUUUUCGACUCUUUCGAAGGCAAAUAUCAUAGUGUUAGGAGGGUCUUAAAGAGGUGAAAACGCGCUCAGUGUCGAAAUUGUAUAUACAAAGGUUUCAAGGGAGUGAGUGUGUAAAAUUAUUAAGUUUAAAGAGAUCUUUGCUAUGGAAUACUUUUUGACACUUGUGUGUAGAAAGAGGAACGAAACUGUUCAGGCAGUAGAUUAUAUCACUCUACUGGAUCAAAUCUUCUGGAGACUGUAAAUAUAACAGUAAAAGAUAACUUAGAAGACUAUUAAAUAGGAAAAAUAUCAUUGUAAUUGAUGCUGAUGUUAUUGUGAUAAGCCUUCUAAUCCAAUGUACUGAAGAUAUAUAUGGCUACCACUUACACCAAUUUAGGCAAAAUAACUUUAACGGUCACAGUGCAAGAAUUGCACCCGCCAUCAAAUCUGAGGAGUAAUAAGUGAUAAGUAUAACCAUUACUGUGCAGGUCUGAGUGUGCUUCGAAGAAUCACGAUUGAAGCCCUUUUUUGAACUCACUUAGUGUUACCUUGGUUGUAAAUCGAACCACUACACAGAAAAACUGAAAGGUGUUAUUUAAAAGUGUACUUACAAACAGCAACUUGAUAAAUGAUAAGAAUUAAAUGAUACAUAGGUUUAAAAUCAAGCAGCAAUGUAAACAAGCAAAUUUGGCCUGGGACGGAAGAAUGUUAAGAGACGAUUAAAGGAUGAGAUACCAAAACAAGAUCGCUAACACUGAGGCAAUGACAUUAAUUAAACGAG